AUGGCCCACCCUUAUGAGCCUUGGUUACGGACAGCACCACCUAGUGGUAGCUCAGAAGACAUGAACAUCCCCGCCUGGUGGGACCUCCACAGAGACGUCCAACCAGGCAGCUGGAUAGACCUGCAGACGGGGCAGGGGGUGGGCUUGCCUUCAGUGAGUGCAGGGAGCUCCAUGGGGUUGCAGUCGUCUUUGGGGCCCUACGGUUCUGACCCUCAGCUUUGCUCCCUCCCCCCUACACAGCAUGCCCCACCCUCACACUCAUCUCACCUGUACCCCCAGGACGGCUUUAAGAUGGAGCCGCUGGCCCCUGAAAUGCUGCAGCAAGAACCGUUCUCCUUGGAGGAACCUCAGGAGAACCCUGUCUCUGCCCGCCCUAAGCCCCAGCGCCGCUCCUCCUCCAGGGGUGCAGGCCAGGCCGUAUGCCGCUGCCCUAACUGCGUCCACGCCGAGCAGCUGGGUCAGAGCACCGACGACAGCAGGAGGAAGCACAUGCACAACUGCCACAUCCCCGGCUGUGGCAAAGCCUACGCCAAGACCUCCCAUCUGAAGGCCCACCUACGAUGGCACAGCGGGGACCGGCCAUUUGUCUGCAACUGGCUCUUCUGUGGCAAGAGAUUCACACGCUCUGAUGAACUGCAGCGCCACCUACAGACACACACUGGAGCUAAAAAGUUCAGCUGCGCAUUAUGCCCGAGAGUAUUUAUGCGCAACGACCACCUGGCCAAGCACAUGCGCACUCACGAGUCUCCGCCAGGACACGGGGAGGAGAGAGUGAAUGGAGACGGGAGGAUGGAGAAGGGCUUCGAUGCUGCUACGACCCCUCAGUCUUCCUCAAAUGUGUCUGAUGGCACAGAGCCGCCGCUGAAGCUGAAAUGUGAGACGGACCCCUCAGUCUCCAGUGUGACGGGGCAGUCCGGCUAA